AUGUCAGCUUUUGUUGAAUUACUUCGUAAAUCUAAUCUUGAUUAUAUUGUUUCACGAAAACCAUUUAAAGUUGGAUCACGUAGUGAUGAUAUGAUAUUCGCUUCAUUUAUUGAUAUGAAAAUAAAAAAAUUACAAGUAAUUGCAUGUUUAGAUAAACUAGAUUCAGUUACAAUGUGGUCAACAUCAUUAGAUGAACGAGCAUUUCAAUUAAAUGCUCGUCUAUUAGAUAUAACUGAAUUAGGUGAAACAAUGAUUUUUCUUUCUGAACGUAUCAAUGAAGCAGAUUUUACACUUGCAAAAGCUGCAUCAACAAAUAGUGAUGGUCAAUAUGAAGUCUCACAAGUCAAUGUAACAUUUACACAUCCAAAAAAUAAACAAUCAAUAACUCUUCAACUUUAUGAACAUAUAGAUGAAGGAGAAAAAACAUUAUUUUUAAGUAAAAUUCUUCUUCAUGUUUUUAAACGUAAUGAGCAAUUAUUAACUGAAGUUAAAACACAACAAUUACGUAUUAAAGAAUUAUCAACAAAAGCACAACGUGUACAAUCAAGAUCAAGUGGUGGUGGUAAUCGAACUUUUGAUGGAAAUAAAUUACUUGCUUCAAAUAAUCAAAAGGGAAAUAUCAAUAAAAUACAAGAACGUACACAAAUGAGUUUAAUUAAUCCAACUGUUAAACGACGUAAAGCAGCAACUGGUGUUAAUUAUGAUGAUGAAGAUAGUGAUUAA